AUGCUCAUGGAAUCAAAUGAACUGGAAAGCAAUCUACAACUACGAAAAGAAGGAAAGAAGAUGCAGCUAAUGAGGGCCAUCGUUGGGCUCGACGGUUUGAGUGGAGUUGACAUUUCUCCAACCCUGAUCGCAACACUCUGGCUUUAUGGAGCAGCUUCGAGCGCAGCCACCUACGCAACUGCAUCGGCGCAGUGCGAUGUAUUGAGCCAACCUUAG